AUGGAUUGGGGGGAAUUGGUUGUUCCACCUGCUGAGGGGGAGAGAAUGACUUGCACCAACAGCACUGCGGAACAACGCAACAAAAAUGCUAGAACAGGGGGAGCAAAUCAAGUCAGUGAACAAAUCAAGUCAGAAACAAAACACGCUAGUGAGCUGAAAGAUAUAAAAAGCAAAGGAAAGAACAAACAGAAAGCAUUGAACUCACCAAGCCAAUCUACUGAGCCUAAACUCACUACUCAUGCUGCUGUUCCUAAACCCAGCUCUACUUGUUCUAAGCUUACUAUGCCCCACUCUGGGACUUGUCUUGAUACUGCUGAAUCUGCUUGCAAGAUCAAUGCAAACCCCUCCCUCAAGUCCUCUGGCGUCCAAACCUGUUGCCAAAACCCCAACAAGCCCAAGCUCACCUUGGACACCAACUAUGGAGGUGUCAAGAUCACUGUCAAAGACACUGCUGCCGCUCCCACCGGUUUGUCUAGCCCAAACAUCCCUGGUGCAUUCACUAACUACGUUACAGAACUUGACAAAUACUGCAAUGACUCAGGAAGCAAUUACUCCAACGCAUACAUCCUUGGAACAAGCGCAAAUCAACACAAUUCAGUCACCAACAUCACCUUGUUUUGUUCCCACAUCCCCUUGCUUGUCUCUGACACCUUGUCUAUUAUAUCCGCCCCAACUAUCCCAACCAAACUUGCCUCUGAAUUGGCUGCACAGGAGGAACCACGGAUCCCGGCCUUCACCCCGACCGGUGAGUUGGCUGGACAAUUUGGUGAACUCAAACUUACCUCAGAACACUUCCCACCGCCAGCAGAAUCCAUCCUGGAGACCUUCACAAACAACAACCCGCACUGGGUUUUUGCCGCCGACCUUCCGGCAACCAGCAAUAACCCAACCACUGAGGAGGCAUUAUCGGGACCGGACACGGACAAAUGGAAGGCAGCAAUGGAACAGGAGAUUGCAACCUUGGAGAAACAGGGAACGUACAACACCUCAACGCUCCCACCAGGCAGGAAGGCAAUGGGAUGCCAAUGGGUACUCACAAUCAAACAAAACAAGGAGGGCCAACCCAUCUGA